UACUCGGUGAUGUAUGUGGAGGAGAAUGAGGAGGAUUGCUUGAACCAGAACAACUCUAUCGUCGUGUGGAAGUGUACAGAGGACACGAGUCCUGAUGCUCCACCCAUCAUGGGUAGUUUUGUUGCUACUUAUCAGAUGUGCAUGAUCUUUCUGUUUCCGGCCAUGCUCAUGACAACAUCCUACUACAGGGUUAUGAAGACCCUAUGGAGAUCUACUCAGAAUAUGCCCUUCCUGACCAACACAAGUCAACCAACAGGAACGGAAACUCUCAGCUGUCGAGCUCUAGCUGGUGGAAAAGGGUCUGGUCCUCCAGCAACUAGUCAACGUGGAAUCCUGAAAUCAUCUCAGUCCAGCUCAAAGCACAGAACCUCGCAUAGACCAGAACCUAACCAACCCUAUAACUGUGACGGAUAUGAACCAACACGGGCUAACGUCAGUUCUAUCAGUAUUCAGAGCAAGGUUCUCUGUUCAUCUGCCGGAAAUACCGAAAAAAUAAACCAGAGCCGGAAGCAAAUAAUCAAGAUGCUCUUGGUGAUUAUACUCCUGUUUAUACUCUGUUGGUGUCCCAGGUUUCUGCUAAACCUGGUAAAAUGGUACUCUGGGCUCCUCCCCUCCAGGCCCGACUUCUUCCUGGGCUCUCCGUUCUACUACUUCUCUACUUCCGCUAAAAUACUUCCGGUUAUUCACGCUAUGCUCAAUCCAAUCAUAUACAGUUUGAUGUGCCGAAGUGUACGACAGAUGAUCUUCUCCUGUUUCUCUCCCAGUACACAGAGCAACAGCCGUAAUGUUUGUAGUGUAAUAAGAAGAAGUGAAGCUUGGAAUGAUCAAUCAUUUGAACUCCAGGAGGAUGCAGGUGAAAGAUCCCAGCCAUCCUUCCAUGGAACUGGAACAACAUUUAUCAGGACAAGUGACCAGGAUCUUCGAUAAGUUAGACAGGUUGAACAAUAACUAAACCAGACAAUAGACCGGUUGAACACUUGCAAACAAAUUAGACUUGCUGAUCAAUCUGUUGAUUUAUCAAGCAGCACUGCACAUCUUGUUUGAUUUUCUCCAACUAAUUUUCAACAACAACCGUCUGGAAAAAAAUCAUUAUAAAACAGAAAUAUCAAAAACACAAAAAAUCACAAAAAAACACAACAAGACAUUUAAAUUAGGAAGUGAUUUCAAAACAUAAAACAUACAUUUUAUCUUAAAACGAACCACGUUUUGUACAAUUGACCUAAAGACCGUAUGAGUUUUCGAAAAAUGAAAGACUCAGUGUGCUUCACUAAAUAUGAUACAGUGGUAUCCAUAAAACUGUAAAAUCGGAAAACAAUAUAAAUGUAUUUGAUGUUGUUCUAAAACAAAUCAUUUAACUAGUAGCUUGAAAGUUAAUAUGUUAAGUGCACACUGAAUAGUUAAUAUUUUUCAUGUUCACUGAUCCCGCGAUUUAACAAAUUCGGUAAAAUACGGCUUGUGUCUUAGCUGUCGUUGGGCCUUAUUUACGGCUUGAGCUUUCGGAUUCAAGCUGCAUCUUAUUUUUAACAGAAUUGAGUUCAA